CUGAUGGGCUGUCAGACGCGAUUUGGAGUAACAGGUGGAUCUGACUGCGGAUUCUCACCGUCAUUGCGCUUGGAUAAAACUGAGCAUCGCGCAGGACCUGGAUCAUGGACUCAGACACAAGCCGAGUGUCCAGCAGACCGUCCUCCCCGGAGGUGGACGACAUCUUCAUGUCCGCCCUGAAGAAGUCCGUGCACGGCUUCUCGGGCGCCGUGUCCUCCACGCAGAGCGACUCCCCGUCGGAGAUCCCCGGUCUGCGCGGCCUCUCCGCCGCCGACGAGGAGGCGCUGGCGCUGCGCAUGGCGUCCAAGAAGGACCGCAAGCUGCUGUCGGAGAACGAGCUCCAGGCCAUCCGCUUGAAGAUCAACAGUCGUGAAAGGAAACGAAUGCACGACCUGAACGUGGCCAUGGACGGGCUGCGGGAGGUUAUGCCCUACGCGCACGGACCGUCGGUGCGCAAGCUCUCCAAAAUCGCCACCCUGCUCUUGGCGAGAAACUACAUCCUGAUGCUGAGCAACUCUCUGGAAGAGAUGAAGCGGCUGGUCAGUGAGAUCUACGGCAGCAGCGGGCACCACGGCGGCUUCCACCCGUCGACUUGUGGGACUAUGACUCACGCGGGGCCCGUGCCGGGACACCCGGCGGCUUCCCACGCUUCGCACCCGGCGGUGCACCACCCGCUCCUCCCCCCGCCUGCCGUCUCCACCGCCUCCCUCUCCGCUCCCGGGAUUUCCGCCGUCACGUCGGUCAGACCCCAUCACGGACUCCUGAAAGCGCCCACCGCAGGCGCGGGGCCCCUGGGCAGCAGCUUCCAGCACUGGGGCGUCGGCACCGGGAUGCCCUGUCCGUGCAGCAUGUGCCAAGUCCCGCCUCCGCAUGUGUCCAGCAUGAGCUCCGUGACCAUGCCGAGGCUGGCGAGCGACUCCAAGUGACUCUGAACUCAGCUGAACUUUUUCCAAAUGGGGUUGUACAGACUUUGCUCCCUACACACAUUUUUAUUUAUCUCUGUUGCGGAAUCCUCCGCAUUCCUGACACCUCCUGGGGAUUUGCAGAUUUUGCAACUAACUUAGCGUUUUAUUGUAAUUAAUCUCAAAUGUGACGGAUAGUUACGCACAGAGCUCCUACAGCACAACAAAACCUCUAGGGCCCAGUUUUCUUAGAUAUUCUUCCGCCAAGAAGAAAAAAAAAAGAAGAAAAUCCCAAGUUAAUAGCAACAAGUCGCAGUUUGUAAGUGUGAAUAUGUAGAUGGAUUAUUGUCUUUAAAUAGCCGCAGAUGUUAUAUAUUAGAGUCUUGUUACUGUGCGGGAAGAUUCCCUUGUCUGUUCCUUACAUGUUGCACCUGCUUCAUUCAUUUUAUCCGUCUUGCUUUUCUCUCCCGACUUAAUCAAUGACCACUUGUUUAUUUUUUUAAAUGUAAAAAAAAAGAAAGAAAAAAAAAGAAUAAAUGGAAAUAUUUAUUUACUUAUUUGGGUGGAAAUUUCAAAUGACUCUUGUUCCGUUGGGGUUUU